AUACAACACAUUGGUCAUCACAAUCCCUCUCUUUCGAUUUAAUUUCACCAAUACAAUGCGCAUCACGUCACUUUCCGCAUGGCUGGCGGCCUGCACCUUCGCCUCGUCGACCUGUGCCUUCUCCGCUUUUUCCAAGAAGCAACAACGAAUUUCCGGAUCCACCCUCUCCAGAUCGAUUCAGACCACCGGGGGAUACAUCGAGAAGUCUAAGCAACGACCAGCUUUUGCACUGAAUGUGGCCUCGAGCGAGACAAUUGCAGUUGCAGAYAUGGAGCGAGGAAUGGGAGGUCGUCUCGAGGAAGCUUUCGAAGCUGCCAAGGCCAAGGGGGAGGCCGCAUUCGUUUCUUUCAUCACCGCCGGAUACCCUGCCAAAGAAGGUGUGUGCGAGGUUUAUUUCGAUUGGAAUGUUGGAAAAAUKCACGGACACUGGUUAAUCGGUAUAUCCAUCGUUGUAACAGUAACACGACAUAUUUUUGUUUCUCGUCGACUUUGGACCGGUCCACGUUUCGAAGUCAGCGAAGAGAGAAAAGACUAACUUUUUGACUUUGUUUCUUGAUUUGUGAUCGGUGCAUUUCUGUAUGAUUUCCUUUUCGAAAAAUGAUAAUUGAAUAYGACAAUGGUAUGAUUAAUGAACAGACACUCCCUCCAUCCUUUUGGCUAUGCAAGAGGGAGGAGCUUCCGUUAUUGAGCUUGGUGUCCCAUACACAGAUCCACAAGCCGAUGGCGCAACCAUCACGGCCGCCAACCAAGUUGCUAUUGCCAACGGAACGUCCGAUAUCGAUACCUGCUUGGAAAUGGUAAAGAAGGCACGAGAAAUGGGAUUGACCGUUCCCGUCGUGCUCAUGGGAUACGUAAACCCCUUCCUUCAAUACGGCGAAGAUCGAUUGUGCGAGAAUGCCAAGGAGGCCGGUGCCGAUGGGUUCAUCGUCGUCGAUUUGCCUCCGGAGGAGGGCAUCGAGCUGAACAAGGCGUGCGUGAARUACGGUCUUUCCAACGUGCCUCUCGUCGCUCCUACCAGCAGUGACAAGAGAAUUGCCGCCCUGGCAGAAAUGGCCACCACUUUCUUGUACUGYGUAUCMGUCACCGGUGUCACCGGUGCCCGAUCGGAACUCCCCCCCGACUUGGAAGAAUUCCUCGGCCGAGUCCGAAAGGCAACCGACCUCCCAUUGGCGGUUGGUUUCGGAAUCUCCUCGCCCGAAAUGGUCAACGGGGUUGCAAACAUGGCGGACGGAGUCGUCGUUGGAAGUUCGAUUCUGAAUGCCAUGAAGGAGCUCGGCGACGAUGCCACCACCGAACAAAAGGCCGAUGCCGUUCGCAAGGUCAUCUCCCACUUGGCUACCGGAGUCAAGCAAUCGGAGGACGCCAAGCUACAGGCCACGAAACUGGGCCAGGUUCCAAAGGUGUGGGCGGAAACGAACGACAAGGCUCGAUUCGGAGACUUUGGGGGCCAGUACAUUCCCGAAACCCUCUCGGUUGCCUUUGAGGAAAUCGAAUCGUCCUACGACGAGAUCAAGAACGACCCCGAAUUUCUGGCGGAACUCGAUCGCUACCGYCGCGAGUUCGUGGGUGGACCCACCCCCCUCCACAAGGCCGAACGCCUCACCGAGAUUGCCGGGGGUGCCAACAUCUGGUUGAAGAGAGAAGACCUGGCCCACACCGGUGCCCACAAAAUCAACAAYGCCAUCGGCCAGGCCCUCCUGGCCAAGCGCAUYGGCAAGCCYCGCAUCAUCGCCGAGACGGGUGCCGGACAGCACGGUGUCGCCACGGCCACCGUCUGCGCCAUGCUCGGACUCGACUGCACCGUGUACAUGGGUGCCGUCGAUUGCGAGCGCCAGAAGCUCAACGUCUUCCGAAUGAACACCCUCGGUGCCAAGGUCGUCCCMGUCGAGGCCGGACAGCGCACSCUGAAGGACGCCAUCAACGAGGCCAUGGCCGACUGGGUCACCAACGUCCGCGACACACACUACCUCAUUGGUUCCGCGGUCGGUCCCCACCCCUUCCCCACCAUCGUCCGUGACUUCCAGAGCGUGAUCGGAAACGAGAUCAAGGAGCAGUUCGCGGCCAAGAACGACGGCCGUCUCCCCGAUGCCCUCGUGGCMUGCGUCGGAGGAGGAUCCAAYGCCAUCGGAACCUUUGCCCCCUUUGAAAAGGACGAGUCGGUUGCCUUCUACGGUGCSGAGGCCGCCGGAAAGGGAAUCGAGUUYGACGAGGAGCACUGCGCGACGCUCACGGUUGGAACACCCGGAGUCUUGCAGGGUGCRAAGACGUACAUCAUCCAGAAAGAKUCGGGCCAGACCCUGAACACGCAAUCGAUUUCGGCCGGUCUGGACUACCCCGGUGUCGGGCCCGAGCACGCCUUCUACAAGGCCUCCGGACGCGCCACGUACGUCGGAGUGACCGACGACCAGGCCCUCGAGGGAUUCAAGAUGAUGUGCGAGUACGAGGGAAUCAUCCCCGCCCUCGAAACCAGCCACGCCAUCUACCAAGCYAUCCAGCUGGCCAAGGAACUCGGACCCGGCAAGGACAUUGUCAUCAACAUGUCCGGACGAGGAGACAAGGACAUGCCCCAGAUCGCCAGGAUCAUGGGUGUGGAAGUCAACUAAGAACGGGACGAAGGAAGCAUCGCGAUCCAUCCAUGUGCGGACAAGAGUUCGGCUUUAUAAUCACCA